CUCAAUAACGACUCCUUCAACCACAAGGAGUCUAACACGAUCAUGCAGUUGCAGGAUGCAACGGGGAUAGAUGUACGCGCCCUCAUCGCCUUCCAACCAGGGAUGAGACACGCCCGAGAGAAACUCCAAUGGGCGUCUACUCGUGUCACCACUGUGCCGGAGGACAUCGCGUACUCUUUGUUUGGCACCUUUGGCGUCCAACUACCCAUCCUUUAUGGCGAGAAUAAGCAACGUGCGCUCAGGGAGCCCUUGCAAGAGAUCGUGGCUCAGUCGGGCGACAUUGCUGCCCUCGACUGGGUUGGACAACCAUCCUGUUUCAAUAGUUGUCUUCCAGCCGAAAUUUCCUCAUGUGUAGCUCCGUCAUGCGCCCUCCCAUCUUUGUCUGAAGAUGAGAUUCAGACAGUGGUCUCCUCACUACAAAAUAUUGUGGCUGUGGGACUGGCUUCGAAAUUGUAUGACCAACUUGACAAUAUGAGCUCUCCUCGCUUCGCGAACUGCAGACUGCAUCUGCCUUGCAUCACAUUCCGUGUCACGGAAGUCAUGCGGAAUAGUGGCCCACCCCUCGAGGCUUAUUUCACGUAUAGAGUCAAGGCAGACGGGCUUCGCGACCUGCUGGUCACCACAAAAGAGACACUGAUUCAGUUCACGCCUGCAAGGCCCCCUCUGCAGAAUUUCUUACUUGUCCGUCCAUGGGAUCGUCGCCUCCUUGAGCUACCUGAUUUUGCAGAUCUGCCUGACUCUGGAGACGAUAGGCCAAGCGAGGAUGAUUUUUGGUCCGUGCGGGACUCCGUCAGACGAGUUUCCCGGCGGUUCUCGUGGAGAACAGGAGCUGGUUGAUUCGAAAUCUUUCUCGCGAGGAUCGGGAUUGAUUGUUCACCUUGGACAACAGUUCAGCGCAUUUUGCCAGCGCGGCGGAGAAUACAAGAGAAAUUAGAAUCGCGUCGGAUCGUGACUCAUUGCUCAGGUCAUUGACGCGACUUCCGUUCUCAACAUGAUGGACGGAGUCAGGACCCUAGAAAUAUUGUAG